AUGGCAAGUGAAACCUCGGUCAGACCCCGUGUGUUUUUCGACGUCUCCAUUGGCGGCAAGGCUGCCGGCCGCAUCACAAUGGAGCUUUAUUCCGACUUGGUUCCCAAGACUGUUGAGAACUUCAGGUGUCUCUGCACGGGUGAGAAGGGCAUCGGCAAGUCUGGGAAGCCGCUGCACUACAAAGGCUCCGCCUUCCAUCGAGUGAUUAAGCAGUUCAUGAUUCAGGGUGGUGAUUUUACUGCUGGUGACGGCACCGGCGGGGAGUCUAUCUACGGCAGUAAAUUCGAAGAUGAAGCAUUCCCUUUGAAGCAUGAGAAGUCAUUCCUUCUCUCUAUGGCCAAUGCAGGACCCAAUACCAAUGGCUCUCAAUUCUUCAUCACCACCGUCCCUACUCCUCACCUUGAUGGAAAGCAUGUUGUGUUUGGUGAAGUCUUGAACGGAAAAUCUCUCGUUCGCCAAAUCGAGAAUCUCAAAACAGAAAGCGGCGACAAGCCCAUCAAGGAGGCACUCAUUGCUGACUGCGGCGAGCUUAGCGGCGAGGAGGCACAGAGAGCCGAUGUUAAGCAGCCUGACGCCAUGGGCGACCCUCACGAGGACUACCCUGAGGACUGCAACGGUGAACUUGACGCCAAGACCAUCCUAAAAAUCGCAACCGACUGCAAGGACUUUGGAAACAAGGCGUUCAAGGCAGGCAACCUCAAUGUCGGCCUAGAAAAGUACGAAAAGGGCCUGCGAUAUCUCAAUGAGGACCCGGAUCUGGACAACGAACCCGCCUCCACUAAAGAAAGCCUGGACGCUCUCCGAUUUUCGUUGAAUAACAACUCGGCUCUACUCAGCAUCAAGCUCGAAUCCUGGGACGACGCUAUCCGCCACGCCACCUCUGCCCUCAACGUCACGGGUGCUUCUGACGCCGACCGCGCCAAGGCCUUCUAUCGCCGUGGUGUAGCUCAUGUACGCGCCAAGGACGAAGACGCUGCUCUCAAGGAUCUCGAAGAGGCGAUCAAGUUGGCUCCCAACGAUGCCAUGGUGGCCAAGGAACUUGCUUCCGUCAAGACCAAGGCUACUGCGAGAGCAGCAAAGGAGAAGGCUGCGUUUACAAAGUUCUUUUCGUGA